UAACCUAAAUUUUUAGGGAUUUUGUUUGACGAUUGGUAAUAGUUUUGGUGAUUUCAAUGGCGGUGUUGUGUCAGAAAUUGUAAUUUUUAGAAAAUUCAACGAUUUUUUUGUGAUAAAAACCGUGAAAAUGAUGGAAAACAAGGGUGGAAACAGCGACGAAGAAUAUGCCUCAAAAUCGAAGCAAAGUAAUGUGUUGCCCCUUUGGGGCAACGAACGAACCAUGAAUCUAAACCCUUUGAUAUUGACAAAUAUACAAAGUUCGCACUAUUUCAAAGUCAACUUGUACGAAUUGAAGACAUACCACGAGGUUGUUGAUGAAAUCUACUACAAAGUGAACCAUUUGGAGCCCUGGGAGAAGGGUUCACGUCGUACGUCGGGUCAAACGGGUAUGUGCGGGGGUGUGAGAGGCGUCGGUGCCGGGGGCAUAGUCUCCACAGCUUACUGUCUCCUCUACAAACUUUUCACAUUGAAACUGACACGAAAACAAGUCAACGGCCUCAUAAACCACUGCGAUUCGCCUUAUAUUCGAGCGUUAGGUUUCAUGUAUAUAAGAUACACUUUGCCCCCUAAAGACCUCUUGGAAUGGUACGAAGACUAUCUAGAAGAUGAAGAGGAAUUGGAUGUUAAAGCAGGUGGGGGCCAAGUCAUGACCAUUGGAACAAUGUUGAGACAAUGGUUGGUCAAAUUGGAGUGGUUUUCGACGCUUUUUCCACGAAUUCCGGUGCCUAUACAGCAGAAAAUACAAAAACAUUUGGAAGUUAGAUUCCCUCCAUAUGCCAUCAAAGCAGCCGCUGCUGCUGCUGCUGCUGCUGCCGCAGCAACAGCAGCAACAACAACAACCAAUGAGAGGCCGAGAAAUACUGACAGGGAACGUAAUGAUUGGUCACGUGACAGAGACAGACAUAGUGUUAGAGAAGAUAUAAGGAGGGAUUUUUUACGUGAUAAUGAGAGAGAACGACGAAGAGACAGAUAUAGGGAUGAUAGACGACAUGAUAAGAAAGUCAGAGAGAGAAGUCGGGAACGUGACAGAGAAAGAGAUAGGAGUCCCCAUAGAGACCGGGAGUACAGUAAACACAGAAAAGGACACCAUAGAUAAAUUUAUUUCACUUUUUCUCACAUUAGAAUUACACUUAAGUACACUUUACGGAAUUUAUUUUUGUUUUGAGUUUUUUUAAUAAAGUUCUUUUUCCUAAAA